AUGCGUUUUGUAUUUUCUCCUUUGUCUGUAUUCUUUUUCUUUUCCCUCGCUUUUUCAACUAUGCCUUAUUUGUGCUCUUAUUUGCCUUUUGUAUUUUCUCCUUUGUCUGUAUAUUCUUUCUUUUCCUUACUUUUUUUUCAACUAUGCCUUAUUUGUUCUUAUUUGCCUUUUGUAUUUUCUCUUGUUUGUAUACUCUUUUUUUUUCCCUUUCUCUUUUCAACUAUGCCUUAUUUGUGCUCUUAUUAUUUGCCUUUUGUAUUUUCUCCUUUGUCUGUAUACUCUUUCUUUUCCCUCUCUUUUUCAACUAUGCUUUAUUUGUGCUCUUAUUUGUCUUUUGUAUUUUCUCCUUUGUCUGUAUACUCUUUCUUUUCACUCGCUUUUCCAACUAUGCCUUAUUUGUGCUCUUAUUUGCCUUUUUGCUCUUAUUUGCCUUUUGUAUUUUUGUCCUUUGUCUGUAUACUCUUUCUUUUCCCUCUCUUUUUCAACUAUGCCUUAUUUGUGCUCUUAUUUGUCUUUUGUAUUUUCUCCUUUGUCUGUAUACUCUUUCUUUUCACUCGCUUUUCCAACUAUGCCAUAUUUGUGCUCUUAUUUGCCUUUUGUAUUUUCUCCUUUGUCUGUAUACUCUUUCUUUUCCCUCGCUUUUUCAACUAUGCCUUAUUUGUGCUCUUAUUUGCCUUUUGUAUUUUCUCCUUUGUCUGUAUACUCUUUCUUUUCCCUCGCUUUUACAACUAUGCCUUUUUAUUUGUGCUCUUAUUUGCCUUUUUUGUUUUUUCUCCUUUGUCUGUAUACUCUUUCUUUUUCCUUGCUUUUUUUUCAUUUGUGCUCUUAUUUGCCUAUGCCUUUUAUUUUUAUUUGCUCUUAUUGGCCUUUUGUAUUUUCUCCUUUGUCUGUAUACACUUUCUUUUCCCUCGCUUUUUCAACUAUGCCUUAUUUGUGCUCUUAUUUGCCUUUUGUAUUUUCUCCUUUGUCUGUAUACUCUUUCUUUUCCCUCGCUUUUUCAACUAUGCCUUAUUUGUGCUCUUAUUUGCCUUUUGUAUUUUCUCCUUUGUCUGUAUACUUUCUUUCUUUUCCCCUCUUUUUUUGAACUAUGCCUUAUUUGUGCUCUUAUAUGCGUUUUUUAUUUUCUCCUUUGUUUGUAUUUUCUUUUUCUUUUCCUCGCUUUUUCAACUAUGCCUUAUUUGUGCUCUUAUUUGCCUUUUGUAUUUUCUCCUUUGUCUGUAUAUUCUUUCUUUUCCCUUGCUUUUUCAACUAUGCCUUAUUUGUUCUCUUAUUUGCCUUUUGUAUUUUCUCCUUUGUCUGUAUACUCUUUUUUUUUUCCUUUGCUUUUUCAACUAUGCCUUAUUUGUGCUCUUAUUGCCUUUUUUGUAUUUUCUCCUUUGUCUGUAUACUCUUUCUUUUCCCUCUUUUGAACUAUUCCUUAUUUUUCAACUAUGCUUUAUUUGUGCUUUUCUUAUUUGUCUUAUUUUUUGUAUUUUCUCCUUUUUCUGUAUACUCUUUUUUUUCCUCUCGCUUUUUCAACUAUGCCUUAUUUGUGCUCUUAUUUGCCUUUUUUGUAUUUUCUCCUUUGUUUAUAUCUUUUCUUUUCCCUUGCUUUUUCAACUAUGCCUUAUUUGUGCUCUUAUUUUUUUUUUUUGUAUUUUUUCCUUUUCUGUAUACUCUUUCUUUUCCUUUUUCAAAAACUAUGCCAUAUUUGUGCUCUUAUUUGCCUUUUGUAUUUUUCUCCUUUGUCUGUAUACUCUUUCUUUUCCCUCGCUUUUUCAACUAUGCCUUAUUAGUUCUUAUUUGCCUCUUAUUAUUUUUUUGUACUCUUUUUUGUCCUUUUUCUAUGCCUUAUUUGUGCUCUUAUUUCUUUUUUUUUUCUCCUUUUUUCAACUUUCUUUUCCCUUUUUCAACUAUGCCUUAUUUUGCUCUUUUUGUAUUUUCUCCUUUGUCUGUAUACUCUUUUUUCCCUCCUUUUCAACUAUGCCCUUAUUUAUUUGUGUCCUCUUAUUUGCCUUUUGUAUUUUCUCCCUUUGUCUGUAUACUCUUUUCUUUUCCCCUUUUUCAACUAUGCCUUUAUUGCUCUUAUUUGCCUUUUAUUUUCUUUGUCUGUAUACUCUUAUUUCCCCUUUUUUUUUGUAUUUUUCUUAUUCCUUUUGUCUGUAUACUCUUUCUUUUCCCUCGCUUUUUCAACUAUGCCUUAUUUGUGCUCUUAUUUUCUUUUUGUAUUUUCUCCUUUGUCUGUAUACUCUUUCUUUUUCCCUUGCUUUUUCAACUAUGCCUUAUUUGUGCUCUUAUUUGCCUUUUGUAUUUUCUCCUUUGUCUGUAUACUCUUUCUUUUCCCUCUUUUUUCAACUAUGCCUUUAUUUUUGCUCUUUUUUAUUUGCUCCUUUUUUGUACUCUUUUUUUUCUUUUCCUUUGUCUGUAUUUACUUUUGUAUUUUUCUUUUCCCUCUUUUUUUCAACUAUGCCUUAUUUGUGCUCUUAUUUGCCUUUUGUAUUUUCUCCUUUGUCUGUAUACUCUUUUCUUUUCCUCGCUUUUUCAACUUAUGCUCUUAUUUUGUAUUUUUCUCCUUCUUAUUUGCCUUUUUUCCUCCCUUUUCUAUCCUUAUUUUGCUCUUAUUUGCCUUUUUAUAUUUUCUCCUUUGUCUUUCUUUCUUUCCUUUCUUUUUCAACUAUGCCUUAUUUGUGCUCUUAUUUGCCUUUUGUAUUUUCUCCUUUGUCUGUAUACUCUUUCUUUUCCCUUGCUUUUUCAACUAUGCCUUAUUUGUGCUCUUAUUUGCCUUUUGUAUUUUCUCCUUUGUCUGUAUCUUUUCUUUUCCCUCCCUUUUUUCAACUAUGCCUUAUUUGUGCUCUUAUUUUCUUUUGUAUUUUCUCCUUUUUCUGUAUACUCUUUCUUUUUUGCUUUUCCAACUAUGCCUUAUUUUUGCUCUUAUUUGCCUUUUUUUUUUUCUCUUUUUUCUGUAUACUCUUUUCUUUCCAUUUUUCCUUUUUUAACUUAUGCCUUUAUUUGUGCUCUUAUUUGCCUUUUUGUAUUUUUUCUCCUUUUCUGUAUACUCUUUCUUUUCCUUUGCUUUUUUCAACUAUGCCUUAUUUGUGCUCUUAUUUGCCUUUUGUAUUUUUCUCCUUUGUCUGUAUACUCUUUCUUUUCCCUUGCUUUUUCAACUAUGCUCUUAUUUGUUUUCUUAUUUGCCUUUUUGUAUACUUUUCUUUUCCCUGUUUUUUUUGUCUGUAUGCUCUUAUUUGCCUUUUUUAUUUUCUCCUUUUCCCUAUACUCUUUUUUUUCAACUAUGCUUUUAUUUGUGCUCUUAUUUGCCUUUUGUAUUUUCUCCUUUGUCUGUAUACUCUUUCUUUUCCCCUCCUUUUUCAACUAUGCCUUAUUUGUGCUCUUAUUUGUCUUUUGUAUUUUCUCCUUUUUCUGUAUACUCUUUCUUUUCCCCUCCUUUUUCAACUAUGCUUUUAUUUGUUCUUAUUUGCCUUUUGUAUUUUCUCCUUUGUCUGUAUACUCUUUCUUUUUCCCUCGCUUUUUCAACUAUGCCUUAUUUAUUCUUAUUUGCCUUUUCUUAUUUGUUUGAAUCUCUUUCUUUUUUGUAUUUUUCUUAUUCCUUUUGUAUUUUUUCCUUUGUCUGUAUACUUUUUCUUUUCCCUCGCUUUUUCAACUAUGCCUUAUUUGUGCUCUUAUUUGCCUUUUGUUUUUUCUCCUUUUUGUAUACUUUUUUUCCCUCCUUUUGUCUAUUUGUGCUCUUAUUUCUUUUUUUUUCCUUUUUCUGUAUACUCUUUCUUUUCCCUCGCUUUUCAACUAUGCCUUAUUUGUGCUCUUAUUUGCCUUUUGUAUUUUUUCCUUUGUCUGUAUCUUUCUUUUUCCCUCCUUUUUUCAAUAUACCUUAUUUGUGCUCUUAUUUGCCUUUUGUAUUUUCUCCUUUGUCUGUAUACUCUUUCUUUUCCCUCGCUUUUUCAACUAUGCCUUAUUUGUGCUCUUAUUUGCCUUUUGUAUUUUCUCCUUUGUCUGUAUACUCUUUCUUUUCCCUCGCUUUUUCAACUAUGCCUUAUUUGUGCUCUUAUUUGCCUUUUGUAUUUUUGUCCUUUUUCUGUAUACUUUUUCUUUCCCUCGCUUUUUCAACUAUGCGCCUUAUUUGUGCUCUUAUUUGCCUUUUUUUGUAUUUUCUCCUUUUUGUCUGUAUUUUCUCCUUUUUUUUUCCCUCGCUUUUUCAACUAUGCCUUAUUUGUGCUCUUAUUUGCCUUUUGUAUUUUUCUCCUUUUCUGUAUACUCUAUUUUCCCUCCUUUUUGUCUAUACCUUAUUUGUGCUCUUAUUUGCCUUUUGUAUUUUUUCUCCUUUGUCUGUAUACUCUUUUUUUCCCUCCUUUUUCAACUAUGCCUUAUUUGUGCUCUCUUAUUUGCUUUUUGUAUUUUCUCCUUUGUCUGUAUACUCUUUCUUUUUUCCUCCUUUUCAACUAUGCCUUAUUUGUGCUCUUAUUUGCCUUUUGUAUUUUCUCCUUUGUCUGUAUACUCUUUCUUUUCCUCCUUUUUUUUUCAACUAUGCCUUAUUUGUGCUCUUAUUUGCGUUUUGUAUUUUCUCCUUUGUCUGUAUACACUUUCUUUUCCCUCGCUUUUUCAACUAUGCCUUAUUUGUGCUCUUAUUUGCCUUUUUUGUAUUUUCUCCUUUGUCUGUAUACUCUUUCUUUUUUCCUUUUGCUUUUUUCAUCUAUGCCUUAUUUGUGCUCUUAUUUCUCUUUUUGUAUUUUCUCCUUUGUCUGUAUACUUUUUUUUUCUUUAUAUUUCGCUUUUUCAACUAUGCCUUAUUUGUGCUCUUAUUUUUUUUUGUAUUUUCUCCUUUGUCUGUAUACUUUUUCUUUUCCCUCGCUUUUUCAACUAUGCCUUAUUUGUGCUCUUAUUUGCCUUUUGUAUUUUCUCCUUUGUCUUGUAUACUCUUUCUUUUCCCUCUUUUUUCAACUAUGCCUUUAUUUGUGCUCUUAUUUGCCUUUUGUAUUUUCUCCUUUGUCUGUAUAA